AUGGACCGUUCAUCGUCAUCUUCUUCCCCUGAACGCCCCCCUCGACACUCUCUCCCAAUCCCUAGAAGCUACAAGUGCCUGGAAAUUCUGGGACUAGGCGGAUUUGGAAUAGUGUACAAAUGUGUAAAACAGAGCACUGGAAGAAUCGUGGCUGUAAAGAUCUCUGAGCACACAAAGAAUCAGCAAUGGGAGGCAUUCGUGCUGACGGUCCUCAUGGACCACAACCUGGACAAGUUCAACAUCAUCAAGUAUUAUGGUGAGUUCAACGUGAACAGUCAGCUGAGCCUGGUAUUUGAGAUGUUGGACAUCAGCCUGCAGCACUACCUGCUGGACUUGAAAGGCCCAAUGCGUCUACGGGACAUCAGAACCGUUAUUCAACAGAUGGCAACAGCUUUCGAUGCCCUGAAGGGAGUUGGCAUAAUCCACACCGAUGUAAAAAUAGACAACAUCAUGUUGGUGGAUCAGGUGAGACAGCCCUUCAGGAUCAAACUGAUUGACUUCGGCUUGGCUAUGUUCCGGUCUCAAGCCAAGCAGGGCAGGGUUCACCAGACACCCCAAUAUAGAGCUCCAGAAAUCAAUAUUGGACUCCCAUUUUCAGAGGCCAUAGACACCUGGUCGCUGGGCUGCGUGAUGGCGAUCAUGGUGUUUGGUCGUGUGCUCUUCCCUGUGAGAAAUGAGUAUGACGCAUUCCGAUUCAUCAUCGACCUCCUGGGUCCACCGCCGCAGCAUCUCCUCAAUGCAGGACUGAAAUCGCAUAUGUGUUUUAAGAAAGCGAUUCUGACCAGUGGAUGCUCAAGACAAGUGAGGAGUAUUGGGGUCCAAGAAAUUACUCCACGGACAACAGGUUGUACACCUUCCGCUCUGGAUGAAACGAAAACGAUGCGUCUGGAGAUGGACAACCUGGAAGAGGCGGAUGAGAGGAGGGAAUGUAUUGAGCUGUUGAAGGCCAUGCUCCAGUGGGAUGGAAAUGAGAGAAUCACCCCCGCUGGUAUUCUCAACCAUCCCUUCAUUACCAAGAGCUACCUCAACAGCAGCUCCACCUCAGCUCCUGGUAAGCGUGUGUUUUUAUCAGACUGUGAGUUUCUCUUUGCUAGCUCUGAUCCUGAACCGAGCAGCAGCAGCCAGACCAGGACCAACCAGACGACCCAGGUCGAUGACAGCUCAGAUGAAUCACUGCCACCGGGUGUCAUCAUGGUUCGGCCUGCAGCCCCCAUGAACAGAAUCCCCCUGGAGGAGACACCUAAAGAGGAUGCUGAAAUGAGUUCCCACGUGGCUGCAACUCCUGCUUCUGCUCUGAACACCAGGAUAGACCCGGACAACGCAGAGCUCCCUACCACCACCCCUGAUGACAGCGAGGACCAGAAGAAGAAGAGGGAGAAGAGGAAGAACUGCUUCAAACGCUUCUUCUCUUGGAUGAAGAGGACAUUCUGCUCCUGCUGUUACGCGGACAACGUAGUGGAGUAAAGAC